AAAAAGCUUCAAAAUGCCAUGAAGCUUCUCAAAGUGAAAGCAGUAGUUGGUGGAGUUACGGGUAUUUUGAAUAAAUAUUUUCCUUUCAUUGCUGACUGUUUCUGGCUGCCUCCCACAAAUAUCUUUUUUCUGUCCUUUGAUACUCAAAAGGGAAGUAAGUCCUAUUUUUUUCCUGCCUAAGCAGAUAAAUGCCUCCGGUUCUAUAGCUGUGAGAGCUGGUGUAUUUUUCCAAGUGAUCUGGUGCACUUUCUGUGUGAGGGAAACCUUCCAGUUGUGCAGGAAAAGAUAGAUUGGCCACCAGAGAAAAAGUAACAGUAGAAGAAGAAGGAGAAGCUUUGACUGUGGCACGAUGGGCUAAUAGUCACCCAUAGGCAGGCUCUGUAUUCUUGACGAAAUGAGGUUUCAUCUCUGGCCCAUUUUAAACGCAUUAAACUUUGCCAUAAGUUUUAAGCAUUCACUUGGGCAAAUGAUGUAUGUUUGUUUAUCUAAAGUGCGCUUGACUUCUGUUCUUGACCUUUUAUUUGCUUUCGUAUGUUUACAGGAGAAGAUGAGGAUGACGAUGAGGAAGAGGAAGAAGAAGAUGAAGAGGAGGAGGAGGAAGAAGAGGAGGAAGAGGAAGAAGAAAUUGAUGUGGUAACAGUUGAGAAGCGGCGAUCGUCAUCCAGCAAGCAUGUGACUACCCUUACAGUGACUGUGCGCUCUCACAACGCGAGCUGCGGGUCAUCCAAGAACCACAACGCGUCUCUGAUGAAAAGGUGUGCACCUAUACACCAACAGCACAACUACGCCGCCCCCUCACCCUAUGCAGAAUGCGACGAGAUGCCACCCCUGAAGAAGGUGAAGAGCGAAACAGUGCGCCUCGCCAAGCAGGUGGCGCCCCCUAGGUCCAAAAGCGCGAGCCCCCGUGGAUCCGACUCCGAAGACAACGAACGACGACGCACCCACAACAUCCUGGAGCGCCAGCGACGGAAUGACCUCCGCUCCAGCUUCCUCACCUUACGGGACCAAAUACCAGAACUUGUGAAAAACGACAAGGCGGCAAAGGUCAUCAUUCUGAAAAAGGCCACUGAGUACGUGCAGGCCCUGCAGUCGGAGGAGCAGAAACUGUUGUCGGAAAAAGAGAAACUGAAAGCCAAGCAGCAACUGCUAGUAAAGAGACUGGAGGAAGUGAGGACUCGCUAAAACUAAGGCUGUCCCAACUGGUUGAAUGCCACUUUUGCACAUUUUAGACGUCAAGAAUGUUUCGGAGUUUUUUUUUCUGGUUAUCAAUCCAGCCGCAUUUAAACAUGGAACAAAAAUACUUACGAAGCUUUAGAGGUACCUGUGUCUUGUCAAUGGAGAUCCUUUUUGAGAAGGCUUAUUGAUUGCCUCUUUCAAAACCUAUGUAAAUACCAGUUUAACAACUGCCUUUUUCAUGUGAUGGUCUGGUUAAGAAAAAAGAGCCACAGCCUGUGCUGCCGUUUUUUUGGACUGGAAUUUUAUACAGAAUAAUAACUCAAAGUUUGAGGAGCAUGAACUUUUCCUAUAAAGACUUCUUGUUAAUCUUUGUUAUGUACUGUACUAAUUCUUACACUGCCUGUAUCCUUAGUGUGAUGCUGAUACAUGACUAAAUUUGAUACCUAUAUUUUCGUAUGAAAAUGAGUUGUGAAAGGUUUGAGUAGAUAUUACUUUAUCACUUUUUUGACUAAAAUUUCUUUUGUACAGAAAUUACUAUAUAUGCCUUUACCUAGCCUCUCUCUUGUUUGUGUUGCUGUUGGGUUCAUAGAACUGGGUAAUUGGCUGAGUUAUGUGUUUUUCAUAAUGUACAUAUAGUGCUGCAACUUAUAGCACUUUUGAAAUACCUCACGUUUAUGAAAAUAAAUCCUAUGAAAUUAA